AUGGGCGCGGCUACGUCGAAAGAUAUGGCCACCGCGGUCCUCGUGCCGUUGCCGUUCGACCUUGUCACCAUGGCACUGCGGUUCUGGAUUCGGGCACAGAGGAAAGCUUGGGGCCCGGAUGAUUGGGCCAUGGUAGCCACCAUUGUACGUUUCAAUAUACCCGGCACUCGAAAAAAGCUGCAACUGACCAAAAUCAAGCCUGUAUGGGCUGUCUCUCAAGUUGGGCUGAUAGGCAUGGCCUGGAGCGGAGUUGGGCAACUCGAUGCAACUUUGACUGCAGAGCAGACGGCCAAUUCCUAUUUUGUGGGUUAA